AUGUCGAAGAGAAGACCUGUUUGGGAUAACUACAAAGAGAAGGUAGCGAAGAAGAGAAUGCGGAAAGGGGAAGAAAAAGGAGCAACUGGUCCAAAAGGUGGGCUGACUGUUCCGAGGGGCAUUUCACUCGAAAAAAGCGUACGGGAUUUUCGGAUUUUUUUGAGGAUUUUGAAGGAUUUCUGUGGAUUUUUGAAGGAUUUCUGUGGUUUUUAAUGGAUUUUUCGGAUUUUGAUGGAUUCAACGGAUUUUGAGGAUUUCAUGGAUUUUUUCUGGAUUUUUUCCGGAUUUUUUGACGAAGUGUACGGGAUUUUUGGAGUGAAUUGCCCCUCGGACUGUUCAGCGUUUGUCGGCGAACGUGGAGGGCAAAUGCCAAAAGUAUUCGCGCAUCGGGCCUUUGACGUUAGUUCCUUGUGAGAAAGAACUGACACUGGAAAACAUCAAAGCUGCGUGUAAGGUACACUUCAACACGGAAUUGGAAUGUGAUGUGCUUGCUGGAGAACGUGGUCCUUCGUUUACCGAGUCAGGACAAAUCCAGAACUGGAAAGUUUUGCACGUGCGCUUCGUGGAAAUUCUCGAACACCCCACGAACGAAAAGUCUCGAACACAAACAGCAAGCAAACAGCCAAGACCCCAAAGCGAGCCAGCAACCGGAAGCCCCCCAAAAAGCUCUUUCCAACAUCCGCAUUCGAGGUAA